GGCUGGGAGUGUGUGUGUAUUUUGGUCAUUUCCAUAGUAGAGAAGGAUAGAGAUGAUUCUGAAAAUGACCCAUGAGAGAGAAUGGCAGGUAUAAAUAUAGAGCAAACAUUGAAGCCUUGGAUGCCAUACAGUGAUAACAUUCGAAGAAGAACAAGAACGAAAACGAGAACGAGAACGAGAAGAACGGCAGCUGCUUUCUUAUGUUUAACUUGAGAGCAAUGGUAGGCCAUUGGAGUUGGGGUUUGGUGGAAGAUGAAGUUUGGAGGAAGGGACCUUGGACUGCUGAGGAAGACAGGUUGCUUAUGGAGUAUGUCAGGAUAUAUGGUGAAGGAAGAUGGAACUCCGUUGCUCGGCUUACAGGAUUGAAGAGAAAUGGGAAGAGUUGCAGACUGAGGUGGGUGAACUAUCUAAGGCCGGACUUGAAGAGAGGACAGAUAACCCCACAUGAAGAGAGCAUAAUUCUCGAGCUUCAUGCUAGAUGGGGCAACAGAUGGUCAAUGAUUGCUCGGAGCUUACCGGGACGAACAGAUAACGAAAUAAAGAAUUACUGGAGGACCCAUUUCAAGAAAAAGGAAAAGGACAGUUCUGAUGCGAAUGGGAAAGCAAAAGCUCGCCUUCUCAGAAGGCAGCAAUUUCAUCAGCAACAACUGCAACAACAACAGCAGCAAUACAAUCCAAUGGACAUGAACAAAAUCAUGGCUCUACUAGAAGAAGAACACGACAAAAACAACAUAUCAGAAGCUUUGUCUUCCUCUGCUUCAGAGACAGAGAAGAGACAAAACAUCACAAAUUUCCACUCACAAACAGCUAACAAUGAACAGAGUCUACUCUCUGAGCUCAAUACCAAUGGCUUUGUUCUUCCUGAGAUAUUGAAUGAAGGGCUCGAAGUGGGAUGGGCCAUGGAGCUUGGGGGGUGUCCAUGGCAAUGGUAGCUUCACUAUAUUUUCUUCUUCUUUUGAGUUGGGUUUUUGUCUUACAAGAAGAGGCUUUUUGGGCCAAAGCUUUAAACCAUGGCUUUGGAGUUAAAUAAUGAAAUUGAGUUUGAGAGUUCAUGAUGUUCUUCAUCAAAGAAGUGUUCUAUGUUUGGUUCUUCAAAUGGAUAUUCAAGCUUUUGAUGCUUGAACAAGAACAUAAACCAACAUCUUUUCAAUAAUAUAAUAUACCAUUUUUGUAAAUAAAAAAAGACAUCCCCAUAUGAAGAUAAGAACAAGUAGUCAUUCUUAAAGCCAAUGAUUUCAAAUGUGAUCUAAGGGAUUUUGAAAAUCACCUUUUUUGAUAUUCUAUUCU